AAAACGCAGCUGUUACCGUCACCAAUGUCCCUUCCUCACAUCUCAUCUUAGGCUCAACUGGUGUAGGCUCUUUUCUUUCCUCAACAUUUUUCACUUCUUAUAAUCCCAAUUCUUCCUUUCAUUCAUUCUUCCUCAUUUUUUCAAUUUCUUCAAUUCAAUUGCCAUUCACUCUUUUAGAUUUCCGUAUGAAGAUUGUUCCUCCUCUUUCGGUAAAUCUUUGAAUCUUCCUUUUUUUAUCUUUUUUGAUUUUCGGGUUUUAUGGAUGUGAUCACUUUGAUUCGAUACUCUUCAUUGAAUCUUCAUGAGAUCCUCUGGUUUGUUCAUGUCUUCAUUUGAUUCUUCUUCUUCUUCUACUUAUACUUCUACUUUUAUUUGUCAAAUUGAUCUGUUUUUGUUCCUUUUUUCCAAUUACAGACGAUGGGUUCUCCUUUUCUAACCCUGGUUUUCUCCUUUUCUUUCUAUUAUUGCAAAGUUUGCCUUUAUUUCAAUCUGUAAGGGUUUCUUUUUUAUUUGGACUUUGAUUGAUUGGUAAACUAAAAGGAUAAAGAUUAUUCACAGAUUUAUAUCAAUAAUCAAUCAUGUUGAUGAUUUGUUUUGCUUGUUCUGAAAUUUGAAACCCUAGAUUUGGCAAAUUUAACAAGGGUUAAUAAGAAAAAUGGGGGAAACUUUAUUGACAACUUUAUCAAUUGAGAACUACCAUCCUUCAACUGUUUUGUCCAUGGAUUCAAGCUCAUCUUCUCAUGAUGAAUCUGACAGAGAUGUGAAUCGGGCGGUCCUCCAAUCAGGACCGCCCGAUAUAAAUCUCCCCUUAUCUGUGGAAUUAAGUGUUUUGCCCCAAUUGUGGAAUGAUAGUUGCUGUGAAAUGUUAGAUGUUGGUCUUGGCCCUCAAAUUACUGAGGGUGUCACAAUUGUUAAUGUGAAUGUCCCAAAAGUGGGUAAAAAAUGUGCUAAAAGAGUGGAUACUAUAUGGGGUGCUUGGUUUUUCUUUAAUUAUUAUUUCAAACCUGUAUUGAAGGAGAGUUCUAAGUGUAAGAUCACUAGGGAUAGCAAUGGCUGGGGUGGUUUUGACAAGUCUGACUUGAAACUUGAUGCUUUCUUAGUACAGCAUGAUAUGGAAAACAUUUACAUGUGGGUUUUUAAAGGGAGGCCGGAGAAUGCAUUGGGGAAGAUGCAAUUGAGAAGUUUUAUGAAUGGCCAUUCAAGGCAAGGAGAACGUCCUUUUCCGUUUAGUGUUGAUAGAGGGUUUGUUAGGUCUCAUAAAAUGCAGAGGAAACACUAUAGGGGUUUGUCUAAUCCACAAUGUGUUCAUGGGAUUGAGUUGGUUUGCUCACCUGAUUUUACGAGUUUAGAUGAGUGCGAGAGGAAGAGGUGGUUGGAGCUUACUGGUCGGGAUUCUAACUUCAUAAUACCGGAGGAAGCGGGUGAUUUUGGUUCAUGGAGGAAUCUCCCACCUAUGGAGUUUGAGCUGGAGCGUCCCGCUCUUUCUUCAAAGGGUACUCAAAGAAAGGCUGGUCUUGAUACGGGUUUGAGUUUCUCGUCUCAGGUGCCUAAGAAUGGCCUUAGUAAUGGGGUUAUGGAUCUUUCUCAUGUUGCUAAGAAACAAAGGAAAGAUUUCUAUUCUAAUGGAAGCAUUGAUAAUGGAUUUUUACGAAUUAGCUCGCAUUCGGAUAGCAUUUUGGAUGUGGAAUCCCAUUUGGUUGAACCAGCUUGGGCAGGCGAUUUUAGUGGGGUGAUGAAGAAUGUGUAUGGUCCUGUCACGGCUGCGAAAAGCAUAUAUGAGGAUGACAAGGGAUUCUUGAUUAUUGUUAGUUUGCCUUUUGCUGAUCUACAGAGAGUGAGAGUUACAUGGAAGAAUACUCCUACUCAUGGAAUUGUGAAAGUCUCUUGUGUUAGUACAGCCUGUACAUCUCUGAUUAAGAGACACGGUAGGACGUUCAAACUAACCGACCCUUUGCCAGAACACUGCCCACCCGGAGAUUUCAUUCGGGAAAUUCCUCUGCCUACAAGAAUCCCGGAUGACGCCAAGCUUGAAGCUUAUUGUGACGAAACAGGCACCGUCCUCGAAAUCAUGGUCCCGAAACAACAUGCUGUACUUGAAGAACAUGAAGUCCAAGUUUGUCUUAGGCCUUCUCCUUGGGUUUAAACUAGCUUAAUUUUGACUUGGAAGAAGCCCUAAUGUAAGAAUUUUACCCAUGAUUAGUAUCAACUAUCCCAGAAAUCAGCAUUGAUUAUCAUUACUAACUGUACUCUAUAAAGAAAUUGGGUUGAUAUUUACUUGUUUUUCUUGAUGGGUUUUAUUUUAGAUAUUUUCUGAUUUAGUGCCA